AUGCAGACUCAGGAGUAUAUUCUCCCGGAGAUGGUACUUCCUUUGGUAGAUGAGUCCAUUGAUGCUCAUGCUCAUAUGCAUGCUCCACUUGCUUCUACCUUUGAUUCGUUUUUACCUCCAAAUGUGGGGCAGAUAACACCCUUUGAAAGAUUUAAAUUGCAACCCUCUGAGGCUUGCCCCAAGAAUUUUGUUAUCUUUGAUCAAACAGAUCAGCAAAGCAGGAUAAUGUUCCAUCCUGCAAUGACUUACAAAUUUAAUAGUCCUGAAUUUAAUGUUCAUGCUACUUGUUCUCAAGAUUUUGAGAAGAAUAAAGUCAAUCAAAUGGAAAGAGAAUUGUCAUCUCCUUUUGAAGAAGAUCCCAACGACAUUGAUGCAUUGUUGAGCAUAGGAGUGGAUGAACUUGAAGACAUUGAUGAGGAAGAAGUCAGCACGGCAAGGACUCAUGAAAAUUAUGAAAGUUUGUCCGACACUUGCUCCAGUUAUUGCUCAAAAUCAAGGAAGAAGAGGCUGUCAUCAUCUUCUGUACACAAGUCUUCUGGGGGUAGGGGUUGCUGCCAAGAUGAUGGGAAAAAUCGGGAGAUAAAGAGGAUGGUGAGGAUGUUGAGAAAGAUUGUGCCUGAUGGAGGUAAUCAAAUGGACACUAUUACUGUUUUGGAUGAAGCUGUUAAAUACCUCAAGUCUCUCAAAGUUGAGAUGGAACAAUUUGGAGUUGAACCAUGA